CACUCUGAACACAGAGUUAGGAGAUCAAUUAUGAAGAAGAUGGCGUCGACUUCACAGGGAACGGAUGUUAGAAUUGAUACGGAUUGCCAUGCAUAUUAUUAUCAUUGGAAAAAACAUCUGUACCAAGCAUUAAAAGACGGCAAGUGGGAGAUUAUCGAUCGAAUGAUCCACGACCAUCCAGAUGAAGCAUUCAAAGCCAAGCUAAAUAAAAAUGGAGAUAAACUGCUCCUCUGUGCCAUCAAUGAAAGAAAAUGGUGGUUAGUCAUCAGGCUGGUGAAAAAGAUUACAGCAGAACAUCUGGCAGAAUCACUGGCUGAGACCGACGACUUUGGGAAUACAGCGCUUCACUUAGCAGCAAAUAUUGGACGUGUUGAAGAAGCCAAAAAAAUUGUGGGAGCAAAAAAAGAACUGCUGAAAUAUCCAAACAGGGAUAAAUUUUUGCCAAUUCAGUUAGCUGCGAGGCGAGAACCAGCAAAUGCUUACAAAAUGACUUCUUACUUGUUUGAAGUCAGCAAGGAAGAUGAAACUUCUUCCGAGCUACGCAAAAAUUUUCCCAGGGUUAUGCUUUCUUUAGUAACAGCUGGAUUUUAUGAUUUGGCUCUUGAUUUAUUCAAAUACAAGGAGGACGAGAAAGGAGAUCGGAUCAGAGAUUUGGAAUUGGAUAUUUUGGAGAAGAUGGCCAGUGACCCGGGUGGUUUCAAAAGUUCAUGUCGCUUGAAUUUUUGGGAGUCCUUAAUCUAUUCGUAUUCAUCUAUUCCCUCGAAGCAUAUUUCGAGGACAAAGCAUUCAACAUAUGCAGUAUACAAGGCGAAGUUCUGGAAUGUGCUUGCACAAGUUCCAAUGCUAAAUAUAGAGGACAUUCCUGCACUAAAAUGGAAGCAUCAAUGUGCACUUCAACUGUUCGAAUCCUUGUGCAAAAUUGCUGACGAGACUGGUUACCCAUUGGAGAAGACAUUUCUUCUUGGAGCACAGAAUGGAAUAGAAGAGAUUGUCCGUACAAUUAUAGAUUCUUAUCCUACUGCAAUAAAGAAUGAAGGCAGGCACUGGACAGCAUUUCAUGUUGCUGUAAUGUACCGUCAUGUAAAAAUUUUUAAGAUGUUGUAUGAGAAGAAUAUACGGAAUGGGCAGUACCUUCGAAUGCUUAAUGAAAAGGAAAAGAGCGUAUUGGAUUUUGUGGAAGAAGCAGGGCAUCAAGCUGGAAUUGGUACCGACUCCGGAGUUGUUUUUAAAAUGCAGCGUGAACUUCAGUGGUUUAUGAAAGUGACCGAGCUCGUAAAGUUUAAAAAAUCUCCUAAGAAGGAAAAUCCAGAGCUCGAUCUUCCCGAGAUACCACUUGUCAGCUUUGAAGAACAUCACGCUGACAUGGCUGCAAAAGACAAAGAAUGGAUGACAGGAAUGGCAAAUGCAAGCUCAGUUGCAGCAUCACUCAUUGCCACAGUGGCGUUUGCUGCCGCAUUCCAAGUACCCGGAGGAAACCAUUCUACUGGCAUACCCAAUUUCUCCAAUGAAGGUUUCUUCAAAGUCUUCGCCAUUUCAGACGCCCUUGCACUUUUUUUCUCUAUCACUAGUGUUCUGUCCUUCUUAUCCAUUUACACCUCCCGCUAUAAAGUUCGUGACUAUCUUUUUGACUUGCCCAUCAGAGUGAUUGUCGGUCUAAUUUCUUUGUUCUUCUCUCUCAUAUGUUUAGUGAUGGCCUUUAGUUGUACGUUAUUCCUUGUAUUUGCUAAAAAAAAUGUCCUGCUUCUCACACCAAUAAUCACACUCUCUUGCAUACCUGUGGUCUUGUAUGUCAUACUUCAGCUUCCUUCCCUCGUUACUAUGAUCAGAUCCACAUUUUAUUCGGACAUUACUCAUUGGUAAAUAUUUCAUUGGAAUGUACGUUGUACUCUGAAGAAAUUAAACUAAGGAUUUAGUAUUGUUACGAGUCAUCAAAACUUGUUGAUUUUUUGUCUGUUUUAAUUUGGUUGUUCAAUUUGAUGAGUCUGCGUGGUUGUGUAGCUUGAUGAGUCUGUUAUAAUCCAUGUUGUAAUUUGGUUGUGUCGUUUGAUGAGAGUGUUUGGAAGGUGAUUGAGUCAGUUGACAAAAUAAGAAUGACAAUGUAUUUUAUAUUUAACCAGUUUUAGUUGUUACUAGA